AUGCCACGUUCCUUUUUGGUGAAGAGCAAAAAGGCUCAUACCUAUCAUCAACACCGCUUUGUGGAAGAUGACCUGCCUAUACUCACAUGGGAUCCAAUAACCUCUCCCUUCAUUGGAGACAAGACACCGGAGGACAUCAAGAAACAGGACCUAGAAUGUGUGGUUCCCAAACAACAAAAGGACACAUCUGAAGUGAAAGAAGAAAGCGUCCCUGUCCAGUACCUGAGCAGGAUGCUGCCAGGCCCUUCAGCUCAAGAGAUGGCCAUCCCAGGUCUGCAGAUGAAAGACUGCACUAACACGACAAGCACCCCUACCUUCUACAAAACUGGCUUUUCUUGGGAUGCUUUCCAUUUGCCAUACAACUACCGACAGAUGUCUUCCACCAUGCAGUCAGCCCUUUUGGAGCACCCGGUUAGCCUUUACGGAAGCCACCUCCUGCCCAGCGCCGAGCCCCCUCUGGACUACAGCAUGCAUUACUCCUCGGACAUGGAGACCUACCACUGUGUGAAGUGCAACAAGGUAUUCUCCACUCCUCAUGGACUGGAGGUCCAUGUCCGAAGGUCUCACAGUGGGACCCGGCCCUUCGCUUGUGAAGUGUGUGGCAAAACCUUUGGACACGCUGUAAGCCUGGAGCAGCACACCAAUAUUCACUCACAGGAAAGAAGUUUUGAGUGCAAGAUGUGUGGGAAGACAUUCAAACGUUCCUCCACCCUCUCCACUCAUCUCCUGAUCCAUUCAGACACACGGCCGUAUCCCUGCCAGUACUGUGGCAAGCGCUUCCACCAGAAGUCGGAUAUGAAGAAACACACUUACAUCCACACUGGGGAGAAGCCCCACAAGUGCCAGGUAUGUGGCAAAGCCUUCAGCCAGAGCUCCAACCUCAUCACCCACAGCCGCAAGCACACCGGCUUCAAGCCCUUCAGCUGUGAGCUCUGUGCCAAGGGCUUCCAGCGCAAGGUGGAUCUACGGAGGCACCGAGAGACCCAACACAGUCUCAAGUGAGGGAUGGCUCCACGUCUUUGCUGGAGCUCCCACUGCCAGUGCAUACUCCAGGGAAGACGACUCUCCCCAGCAUCUCCAUCCAGCAUGGGGCUGCCCACCUCAUAAAGCUCAAAUAGCAUCCUAUGUUCUCCUGGGGACUGGCAAAGUCACGUCAUUGGCUUUGGUGUUCUGGCACCCUAGGGCAGUGCACAUCCCAGUAGGUGACCAAGAAACCUGUGGGAGCUCUCACUUUUCAAUUACAUCAGGUAGCAGCCCAGAUCUGACAUCACCUGCUCAAGUGCAAAUCCAGAGGAAUUCCUCCAAGGUCACUAUUACUCUGGAUUUACACUGUGUGCAGAGUCCGGUUCAUCAGACUGACCAGCAGUGAGGUGGGAACUCCUGGGCUAGUGGCAGCAGCAAUCUGUGCCAAGCUAGUGCUGUAACCACGUUCUGCUUUGAUGGUUAGGAAGAUAAGGCUGGGGCAUGCAAAUAAACUGCAUCCAG